GAUAAAUGCCGCUGCACAGAUGUGAGCAGUACACCCAUGACGGAGCGAUGAAUCUGGGAUGUGUGGGGAAGCUCUACUCAGAAGCGACGUUUGUGUCGUAUUUCCUGCCUGCAGGCCAGGGGCAGCCUGUUUGCAGGAUGGCGGGGAGUUCACUGGUGGGCGUGCUCAUUGGUGGAUGGGUUUGUUAGGCAGAGAGUGUGUGUGUGUAGGUGCUGGCAGGCCUAACCUUGGGUUUGGGUCGUAUCCCGUUGCAGUAAGCAGUGGAGAGAGGAGGUGAUGUGCUGAGCCCUGUACUUGGGACGUCUCCUCUGGUGCCAGUGAGGCCUGAAGCAGGGGAAUUAGUGUGAGUAAGAGGUGGGGAGGGCUUUCUCUGAGAGCAGUAGUGAGAAUAGGGAUACAGGCAUGUUCUGAGGUAUUUUUGAGUAUCGUUGCUGUAUUGGUUCACGGGCCUUAGAGAGUGGGGCAGUGGAGGGGAAGGAGUCAGUAAACCAGCGAGGAGGUCAUUGGCAGGUGGUGGAGGUCCCAGCAGUGGAGAGGACAGUCAGUGCUUCUGAUGCAGAGGCAGAGCAGGUGAGGCUGUGUUCUCUGGAAGGCGAGUGGGAGGUGGAGUGAAGAGCAUUUGGGGUGUUACCACCUGACUAUUCCUUUUCCCUUUGAAGCAGGAGCUGAGCUUUCUUACGUGGAAAGUGAGGGGAGCUGGAACGACUUAGGGGCUUUGAGAGGUCUGGCUGAAUUAUGGAAAUGGGAAGUGAAGCAGAGAAAUGGGAGAAGCUGGAUGCAGAAUUUGAUCACUUUGUGGUAGAUAUGAAGCCCUUUGUUCUAAAAUUACCCCAUAGGUCAGAGCGGCAGAGGUGUGCACUUUGGAUUAGGAAGCUGUGCGAGCCUUCGGGAACAGGGGCAGGAGUCACGGGCAGGAGGAAUCGGAAUCUGUACGCAAAGCUCUUACUGCACAUGCUCAGGCGCGGGGUGCUCGAGGGCCCUUUCACCCACCGCCCGGAGCCGGGGACGCUGCGGACUCUGCCUUCAUACAUGUCCAUCUAUUUUGAUGAACCAAAUCCAGCACAAGCCAAAGGGUCCAGCCCAGAAGGAUUACCAGACUGGGUGAUGGGCGAGCUGGGGACGGGUGAGCACAGAUUCAGCGAGUCAUGGAAGCUUUCUUCUGGAGAAGAAUGCUCUUUGGUGCAGUCACCGACCCAAGUCCACAGAUGUGAACUCAAGAGAAAUGGAAAUGUAUGUCCACACAAAUUCUUGAACGUCCAUAGCAGCUUGAUUCAUAACAGCCAAAGUGAGGAGAUUUGUGUCCAUCAGUACAUGAAUAAAAAGGGAAAUCAAGGUUCGUCCAGUAGGGAACAAUGCAUUGUGAAGCUCCAAACCACAUCACAGUCUAUGAGUCCAUCCUACAGAGAAGAUGGACAGAUUACUACCCCAAAGAGUUGUGAAAUUCAUCCGAAGCAAUCUGCUCUUUCUUUGGAUGACAGUGACAUUGAAGCUCGGCUUAAUAGUUGGAAUCUUGGGAUAGAAAAUCCUCGGUAUCUGAGACAGAAGCCUAUCCCAGUUACUUUGAUGACUCCCAAGUUCAGCCUGAGAAAAUCCAGCAGUCUCCAGGAUGAUCCGUUACUCUCUCGAAUGCAUGAGAAGGAGUUGGACAUGAGGACAAGAAUGAUGGAAGCUAAAUAUCACGAAGAGAAACUGACACUGCAGCAGAAGCAUGAUGCUGACGUUCAGAAGAUUUUAGAAAGAAAGAAUAAUGAAAUAGAAGAAAUGAAAACUUUAUACAAAAAGAAACAAAAUGAAACAGAGGAGACUACCAGAAAACUUGAAAAGAAAGUUCAGACCCUCAUACGUGAAUGUCAAGUUAUCAGAGAGACCAAAGAUAACCAGAUUGCAGAGUUAAAAAAGAUAUGUGAACAAAGUACAGAAUCUCUGAAUAAUGAUUGGGAAAAAAAGCUCCAUGAUGCUGUGGCAGAGAUGGAAAAGGAAAAAUUUGAACUGCAAAAGCGGCACACUGAAAAUAUUCAAGAGUUGCUUGAGGACACAAAUGUGCGUCUGAACAAAAUGGAGGGCGACUACGUGGCACAGACGCUGGCCACGAACCAGAUGAUCAAAGAACUGGAGUCCCGUGUCCAGCAGCUGACUGGAGAAGCAGAGAACAGUAAUUUACAGAAGCAGAAAUUAAUUCAAGAAAAACUGGAACUUGAGAGAUGUUACCAGAUAACCUGUAAUGAAUUACAAGAAGUAAAGGCAAGGCGCAACGCUCUGCAUCAGGAGAAAGAUCAUCUUGCAAACGAGUAUGAGCAGAGCAUGAAACUGUUGCAAACCAAAUGUGAGGCUGACGUAAGCCUUCUGAGGAAGGAGCACGCUCUUGCAGCUUCUAAGGCUUCUGUUAUGAUUAAAGAAUUAGAACAGAACAUCUGUCAAUUAAAACAGCAGUUACAGGAAUCAGAACUUCAAAGAAAGCAACAACUAAAGGAUCAAGAAAAUAAGUUUCACAUGGAGAAAAGUCACUUAAAACGCACCUAUGAAAAAAAGGUUCAUGACUUGCAGACUGAACUUGAUAAAGAAAAAGAAGAUGCUCAAAAGAAAAGCCAUAAGUUUGAGGAGGCUUUGAAGGAGAAAGAGGAGCAGCUCACCCUCGUGACUGAGCUUCAGAGGUCGCAGGCCCAGCAGGCGGAUGCCGCGCUGGAGGAGUUCAGGCGGCAGGUGGAGCUGAACUCAGAGAAGGUCUACGAGGACAUGAAAGAGCAGAUGGAGAAAGUGGAAGCAGAUCUAACUAGAUCCAAGUCUCUCCGUGAGAAGCAGUCAAAGGAGUUUCUGUGGCAGCUGGAGGACGUCAGGCAGAGACACGAACAGCAGAUAGUAGAGCUGAAGCUGGAGCAUGAACAGGAGAAGACGCACCUAUUACAGCAGCAUAACGCAGAGAAGGAUAGCCUAGUCCGGGACCAUGGACGGGAGAUUGGAGACCUGGAGACACAGCUUCGCGCUGCCAACAUGGAGCACGAAAAUCAAAUCCAAGAGUUCAAGAAACGCGAUGCACAGGUUAUUGCUGACAUGGAGGCGCAAGUCCACAAGUUGAGAGAAGAGCUGAUGAGCGUGAACGCGCAGCGGAAGCAGCAGCUGGUGGAGCUGGGUCUCCUCCGCGAAGAGGAGAAGCAGCGGGCAGCCCGAGACCACGAGGCGGCCGUCAGCAAGCUGAAGGCCGAGUCAGAGAAGAUGAGGACGGAGCUGAGAAGGACGCACGCCGCGGAGACGGAGACCACGCUGGAAAAGGCCAACAGCAGGCUGAAGCAGAUUGAGAAGGAAUACUCUCAGAAGCUUGCCAAGUCUUCACAGAUCAUAGCAGAGCUUCAGGCGACCGUGUCCUCCCUGAAGGAGGAGAGCAGCCGGCAGGGGCUCGCUGCGGAAAGGCGGCUCCAGGACGCGGUGCGCAAGUUUGAGGAUGAGAAGCAGCAGCUGAUCAGAGAUAACAGUCGCGCCAUCAAGGCUUUACAAGACGAACUAGAAAACCGCUCGAAUCAAGUGCGAUGUGCAGAGAAGAAACUGCAGCACAAGGAACUGGAGUCACAGGAGCAGAUAACUUACAUACGACAAGAAUACGAAACAAAAUUUAAAGGGCUGAUGCCAGCAUCUCUAAGACAAGAGCUGGAAGACACUAUCUCCUCCCUGAAGUCACAGGUUAACUUUCUGCAAAAGAGGGCGUCCAUCCUUCAAGAGGAGCUGACGACCUACCAGUGCAGAAGGUACAGCCAAGGCCAGAACAUCUCCUGA